UGCUUUUACCUGUUUUACAAAGAUAUUCCCGCCAAAUAUUAUUUUUCAGUCACUUUAUGUUGACGGCUGUGUAACGUGUGUUUGACGAUUUGAUAUAUAUUUUUAGUUUCUCAAUUUUAUUAGUAACAACAAAGAAAACGUUAACUUAUAUCAGUUAUAAUUAUACCGAGUUCCUCGUAAUAUAAAAAGCAUAAUAUAAAAACGGUUUCUGAUUUCUGGCAAAAGCAUAUCGAAAACAUGAGUCAACAAAGUUCUCCUGUACAUUCUGAACGGCACACUGAAGCAAUGACUUCUCCUGCACCUAAUAUAGAUGAACCAUUUGAAGAUGAAUCUGAGUUAUUUGGUGAAGAUAAUGAUGCUAAUAAUGAGGAAGAGGAAGAAGGAGAGGAAUUAUUCGGAGAUAAUAUGGAGGCGGAUUAUCGACCUAUGUCAGCACUGGAUAGAUACGAUCCCAAUCUACUUGAUGAUUCAGAAUACUCAGAAUUGUCUCAGGGUGAACGUAUAGCUGCAGAAACAGAAAUGCGAAAAAGAGAUCGUGUGGCUGGUAUUAUAAGAGAUGAUCGCGAUCUGCUUUAUGAUGAAAGUGAUGAAGAAGAUGUCCAAGCACGCAAACGACGAAUAGCUGAAAAGGCUGCUGCUGGCAUAAUAGAUGAUGCAGAAAUGAUUGAAUCCAUUGAAAACUUAGAGGAUACUAAAGGACACUCAGUGAAGGAAUGGGUGAUGAUGCUAGGACCACAAACAGAAAUUUCGAAUCGUUUUAAAAGCUUUCUUCGUAGUCAUACAAAUUCCAAGGGACAAUAUAUGUAUAAAGAACGUAUUCGCCAUAUGUGUGAGAGCAAUCAGUCGAGUUUCAUAGUGGAAUUUCCCAUUCUUGCCAGUAAGGAACAUGUUUUGGCCUAUUUUUUACCAGAGGCACCGUUUCAAAUGCUCGAGAUAUUCGACGAAGUUGCAAAAGAAUUGGUGCUGACAAUUUUCCCUAGUUAUGAGAGAGUCACAUCAGAAAUUCAUGUGAGAAUAUCCGAAUUGCCAUUAAUUGAAGAAUUACGUACGUUCAGAAAACUCCAUUUGAAUCAACUAGUUCGAACUCUUGGAGUUGUAACGGCGACCACGGGUGUCUUGCCGCAAUUAUCGGUGGUGAAAUACGAUUGUACGAAAUGCGGUUACGUUCUCGGACCGUUUGUUCAAACCCAAAACACAGAAGUCAAACCGGGCUCAUGUCCCGAGUGUCAAAGCAUUGGUCCAUUCAUGAUCAAUAUGGAGCAAACUAUAUAUAGAAACUAUCAAAAGAUAACGGUACAAGAAUCACCGGGUAGAAUACCCGCUGGCAGAAUACCGCGCAGCAAAGAUUGCAUUCUACUGUCUGACCUUUGUGAUCGCUGUAAACCUGGAGAUGAGAUAGAUGUUACCGCUAUUUACACAAAUAAUUACGAUGGUUCUUUGAAUACUGAACAGGGUUUCCCGGUAUUCUCCACAGUACUGUUAGCUAAUCAUUUAUUCGUGAAAGAUUCGAAAGAAAUUGUAGAUUCACUGACGGAAGAGGACAUCUCGAGUAUACUCGCUCUGAGUAAAGAUCAGCGAAUCGCGGAUCGUAUUGUCGCAAGUAUGGCGCCUUCGAUCUAUGGACAUGAGAAUAUUAAAAGAGCUUUAGCACUGACAAUAUUCGGUGGUGAACCAAAAAAUCCUGGCAACAAGCACAAGGUUCGCGGUGACAUAAACGUCCUAUUGUGCGGCGAUCCUGGCACUGCUAAAUCGCAGUUUUUGAAAUAUGUGGAAAAAGUGGCACCUAGAGUAGUUUUCACGACAGGUCAGGGUGCCUCAGCGGUUGGUUUGACCGCUUAUGUAAGAAGAUCGCCUGUCAGUAAAGAAUGGACCUUAGAAGCUGGGGCUUUGGUCCUUGCUGAUCAUGGAAUAUGUCUCAUCGAUGAGUUCGACAAAAUGAACGAUCAAGAUAGAACGUCUAUCCAUGAAGCUAUGGAGCAGCAAAGUAUUUCUAUCUCAAAGGCUGGUAUCGUUACAUCUCUUCAUGCCAGAUGCGCAGUGAUAGCAGCAUCUAAUCCUAUCGGUGGUCGAUACGAUCCCAGUAUGACCUUUGCAGAAAAUGUGGAUUUAUCGGAACCAAUUCUCUCGCGAUUCGAUGUGUUGUGUAUAGUCAAAGAUGAGAUCGAUCCUAUGCAGGAUCGUCAUCUAGCCAAGUUUGUCGUUAACUCACACAUUAAGCAUCAUCCGACAAGCACAGAGAGAACACAGACCGUAGAGUUGGAUGCCAUCACACAAAGUCUAUGUAUUCCACAAGACCUUCUCAAAAAGUAUAUCGUUUACGCAAAGCAGAAUGUACAUCCAAAACUGACUAAUAUUGAUCAAGACAAAGUUGCUAAAUUAUAUAGUCAAUUGAGGCAGGAAAGUUUGGCGACCGGAAGCUUGCCGAUUACCGUACGUCAUAUAGAAAGUAUUAUUCGUAUGGCAGAAGCUAGUGCCAAGAUGCACUUAAGAGAUCACGUUCAAGAAAGUGAUAUGAAUCUCGCCAUUAGAAUAGUUCUCGAUAGUUUUGUAGAUACACAAAAGUAUUCUGUUAUGAAAUCUAUGCGUCAGACGUUCCAGAAAUAUCUGUCAUAUAAAAAAGAUCAUGGUGAACUCCUAUAUUACAUAUUACGUCAAAUCACUUUAGACACUUUAGCAUUUCAAAAAGCUUUACAUGGCGGACGUAUUACGACUGUCGAAAUUUCAGAAAAGGAUCUAUUGGAACGGGCAAAACAAAUUGACAUACACAAUUUGCAUCCAUUUUAUGAAAGUGACAUAUUCAAGACAAAUAAUUUCGUUUAUGAACCAAGGAGGAAAGUAAUAAUACAGACUCUGCCUGAAGGUAUCGAAGAUUGAUCUGGAAACAGCG